CCGCCUCCCCUCCCGCCGCCUCCCGGCCGGACGAUGGAUCCCCGCAGAUCCCGGGGCUGAGAGCACCGCGCACCGCGCCGAGGCCGGGCGGACCGUGCCGAGGCGGGCGAGCGAGCGAGCUAGCGCGCGCGGGCGGGCGAACACAUCCGAGCCGAGCCGGCCGGGCGGGCCGCUCCCUGCAGGGCUCUGCGCGGCGUGCCGCGGCUGCAGCCGGCUCCGGCUUCGGGCCAUGAGCCCCUCCGCGGCUCGGCGCUGAACCCGCCACCGGUCCCGCGCCCCAGGACCCGCUGCCGGCUGCCGGCUUUCCGAAGCCCCCUCAGGAUUCCCUCGACAAGGAUGGAACUGAAGGCUGAGGAGGAGGAGGUGGGUGGCGUCCAGCCGGUGAGCAUCCAGGCCUUCGCCAGCAGCUCCACGCUGCACGGCCUGGCCCACAUCUUCUCCUACGAGCGGCUGUCUCUGAAGCGGGCACUGUGGGCCCUGUGCUUCCUGGGCUCGCUGGCUGUGCUGCUGUGCGUGUGCACAGAGCGUGUGCAGUACUACUUCCGCUACCACCACGUCACCAAGCUCGACGAGGUGGCUGCCUCCCAGCUCACCUUCCCUGCCGUCACGCUGUGCAACCUCAACGAGUUCCGAUUUAGCCAAGUCUCCAAGAAUGACCUGUAUCAUGCCGGGGAGCUGCUGGCCCUGCUCAACAACAGGUAUGAGAUACCAGACACACAGAUGGCAGAUGAGAAACAGCUGGAGAUAUUGCAGGACAAGGCCAACUUCCGCAGCUUCAAGCCCAAGCCCUUCAACAUGCGCGAGUUCUACGACAGAGCAGGGCAUGACAUUCGAGACAUGCUGCUCUCCUGCCACUUCCGGGGGGAGGUCUGCAGUGCAGAAGACUUCAAGGUGAAGCCCACCCUGGUGGCAAUGGAGCUCAGGCAAUGCACCCCACCGGGAUCAGCUUUCCAGGGCACAGCGGGGCAAAGAAGGGUCUUCACACGGUACGGAAAGUGCUACACGUUCAACUCGGGCCGAGACGGGCGGCCACGGCUGAAGACCAUGAAGGGUGGGACGGGCAAUGGGCUGGAAAUCAUGCUGGACAUUCAGCAGGAUGAGUACCUGCCAGUGUGGGGAGAGACUGACGAGACGUCCUUCGAAGCGGGCAUCAAAGUGCAGAUCCAUAGUCAGGAUGAACCUCCUUUCAUCGACCAGCUGGGCUUUGGCGUGGCCCCAGGCUUCCAGACCUUUGUGGCCUGCCAGGAGCAGCGGCUCAUCUACCUGCCCCCACCCUGGGGCACCUGCAAAGCUGUUACCACGGACUCGGAUUUGGAUUUCUUCGACUCCUAUAGCAUCACCGCCUGCCGCAUCGACUGUGAGACGCGCUACCUGGUGGAGAACUGCAACUGCCGCAUGGUACACAUGCCAGGGGAUGCCCCAUACUGCACUCCAGAGCAGUACAAGGAGUGUGCAGAUCCUGCUCUGGACUUCUUGGUGGAGAAGGACCAGGAGUACUGCGUGUGCGAAAUGCCCUGCAAUCUGACCCGCUAUGGCAAGGAGUUGUCCAUGGUCAAGAUCCCCAGCAAAGCCUCAGCCAAGUACCUGGCAAAGAAGUUCAACAAGUCUGAGCAGUACAUAGGGGAGAACAUCCUGGUGCUGGACAUUUUCUUUGAAGUCCUCAACUAUGAGACCAUUGAACAGAAGAAGGCUUAUGAGAUUGCAGGGCUCCUGGGUGACAUUGGGGGCCAGAUGGGGCUGUUCAUCGGGGCCAGCAUCCUCACGGUGCUGGAGCUCUUCGACUACGCCUACGAGGUCAUCAAGCACAAGCUGUGCCGACGGGGGAAGUGCCAGAAGGAGUCCAAAAGGAGCAGCGCGGACAAGGGCGUGGCCCUCAGCCUGGACGACGUCAAAAGACACAACCCGUGCGAGAGCCUCCGGGGCCAUCCUGCCGGGAUGACGUACGCUGCCAACAUCCUACCUCACCAUCCGGCCCGAGGCACGUUUGAGGACUUUACCUGCUGAGCCCUGCAGGCCACUAAACCAAAGGCCUAGAUGGGGAGGGCUAGGAGAGCGAGGGGGCCCCCAGCUGCCCCACUACAUCUGCCCUGGGGACUCGCCCCCCACUCCCAGGCAAUCCUAUCCUUUCCUCUUGUCUGUGGUGAGGAAGGAGUCUUGAAACAUGGAAUCCUCUCCCUGCCUCAAUCCCAUUCUUUUUAUGUUUAACAAAACUAAACUAAUCUAAAUCUAAAAAAGAAACUAAAAAGGGGGAAUGGGGCAAGGGACCUCAGGCUGCCCCUCUCUCCUCCGUGCUGCCUCCCCAAGCUCCCAGCCUGAAUUCUGUCUGUCUGUCAUCUGAGUGUCCACCUACAUUCUGCUGCCACCAGUCACCAAAGCCCCCUCCCAGUGAGGGGUGGAAGGGAUCCCUGGGGUCUGGAAUUUGGACCCAAACCAGAGAAUGUACCUUAAGGGGGAGGGCUAGUGGGAGGGCUUCCCCAGCCUUAAGAGACCCUCUCAGCCCAGUGACUGUCCCCAAACUGAAGUUGCCAGGCAGGAAUAGAACCCUAGUCCCACUCCCUUCCACCAUGUGGAAUCUCUAGGGGGUGGGAGUGGGGGAUCCACUGAAGAAGUAGAGACGGGGACAAGAAGUGGCCCUGGUGCUGUAGGUCAUGUCUUGAUAUCACAAGUUCACCCCCAACCCAAAGCUGCUGGAGAGAAAUCCCAAGAGGCAGCCCUCCUCUACCAUCCCAUAAAAGACCUGGCUGGUUAGCUUCCAGUUCAGGGAGAGGGGCACUGGUGCCUGACCUCACUGGUCUCUCUCCCAGAGGCCCUUGCAGAGGCCACAUCCAUAAAUUUUCUUAUGGAACUCUCCCAAGUCCUCUUCCCCAACUUCAUUUGCUUCUCUCAACAACCUCAUCUGCAUUUUCUAUUUCUAUAUGAUACAGACUCUAUAUUGCUAUAUCUCUGUAUAUACUUUACCCUAACCCUGUCUGUCUCUACCCCAUCCCCUCUUGUCUCUGAGAACCAUCCUCCCACCCUAAGUUUCCCCUUCUAUGUUUCUGCCCCCUCCCUGGUCUCUGAAUGCCUUCGCCUGUAUAAAGAGUUGGACUCUCUCCCCUGGUGUCUGUACUGUGUACACACAUCCCUCUGAGAAGCACAAGGAGACGACACGCGCAUUGUAACCUUCGCACUGUCUCGGUGGCGACAAAGGAAGCUGUGAAUCACAAGCUCUGCCUCUUUCUGGCCUCAUCCUCUCCCCACAACCCACCCGGGCACCCUCUUUGCUCCCUGCAGCCUUAACAUUCCCUUCCCCUGCUCCACCCAUCCCAAUGCCCUUUGCCUGGCUUACCGUGGCCUCCCCAGGGAAGGGGUUGCUACAAAGAUAGCCCCUACCUAGGGGAUGGAGAUCUUUUCUGGAUAAUAAGCCAAGAGUGUCAGAAACAGAAAGGAGCUGGAGAUUGGUGACUCCUGAAGCUGGGGCAGCAGGUUGCUGGCAGGCAGAAGCUGAGGUCCUCAGUCAGUGGCCUUUCCUUCCUUUUGGGUGCCCAGCCCCCCUUCCUCACCUGAUACCCAAGCCCACCAUUUAUAUUUUCUGGUGAGGUAGGGUUUGGUAGUGGGAGGAAAGAUACAGGCCUAGAGGAGGAGUUGGAAAGCUCUGCUAUUCUGUUCCUCCCUACCUUUAUGAGAGACUAGUGAAGUGGAGGGCCUGCCCUACCCCCUCCACCAGGGACUCCUCCCAGGCCAGAGCCCCAACCCAUUCCCAGGCCUUCUCUGCCCAAAUGUCUUUUGGUCUCCAAUCCCAGAAAAGGACCUGUGGGCAGGUCACCUGUGCAUUGGUCUGGAGCUGGAGAGUAAGGCUAUAGGAUCUUUGGAAACUCUUGGUUUCUAGGAGUUCCAUAGAGGUCUUACCUCCCCAGAAGGAAGCAGGAACAAGGCCAAGAAGCGUGCACUGGAUAGGGGAACAGCAGGCAGGGCUCUGGGUGACGCAUGCCUCUGGUCUAAUAAACUGGGUUUCAACCAUCUC